AUGAAAGAACGGUCAAUCCUUGUGUUCCUGAACGCGAUUUCUCGCUCCAUAGGUGAUGCCAGUACAUUCAAAGAUUAUAGCCUCAAGGAUGCUGAUCCUGAAAUGCACGCACUGAUUGAAAAGGAGAAACAGCGCCAGUCGAGAUGCCUAGAGCUAAUUGCUUCUGAGAACUUCACAUCACGGGCUGUGAUGGAAGCUGUCGGUUCUUGUCUCACGAACAAGUAUUCUGAAGGACUGCCCGGCAAAAGGUCAGUUCUGCGAGGUUGGACACAUCUUAGUUGACUUUUGUUAUCGUCCUCUCGAUUCGGUAACUUACUGAGGCAUUUGCUGUUAUGUCUAGGUAUUACGGCGGGAAUGAGUACAUCGAUCAGAUCGAGACUCUGUGUCAGAGAAGAGCCUUGAAGGCAUUCGGCUUAGACGAGGAGAAGUGGGGAGUCAACGUUCAACCUUUAUCCGGCUCCCCUGCUAAUUUCGAAGUCUACACUGCCCUCCUCCAGCCACAUGACAGAAUAAUGGUAUAUACUUUUGUCUCUCUCUCCUUCUCUCUGCAACUACGUGUGUAUUCCCCCCCUUGAAAGGUGCUAUUUAGUCUUUGUUUCCUGUACAGGAACCUCUGCACUCAUGAAUGAUUAACUGGCUUACGCAUCUGUACGCAGGGUCUGGAUCUGCCACAUGGUGGACACUUAUCUCAUGGUUUUAUGACUCCGAAGCGAAGGGUUUCAGGGACAUCAAUUUAUUUUGAGUCUAUGCCUUAUCGUCUCGAUGAAUCAACAGGUAAUCCUUACUUCUAUAAGGCAAAAAUAGCAUCGUGUGAUUCGCUGUUUUCCUCCAUUUCAUGGCUGAGGACCACAGCCUUGGCUGAGGACCCUCAUUAUCCGUCUCCAAUCAGGUUUUGUUGACUACGAUAUGCUGGAGAAGACAGCUGUCCUCUUUCGACCCAAACUAAUAAUUGCGGGUGCAAGUGCAUACCCUCGGGAUUUUGAUUACCCUCGAAUGAGGAAGGUAUUUUUUCUCUUUCUCAUCCUAAAUAUCAGCCAAAAAGUUGUUCCUUUUUGUUCCCCAAAUUAUUAUUUAGAUCUAACACUGUUGGGCCAUACUACUUUGGAAGAUUGCGGAUGCUGUUGGUGCGUUUCUUAUGAUGGAUAUGGCUCACAUCAGUGGACUAGUUGCUGCGGGGGUGGUUGCAGAUCCCUUUGAAUUUUGUGAUGUUGUCACCACAACCACUCAUAAGGUAUCACGAUAAGAAACCUCCGUAUUCUUUUGUAUGUCUGGGCUGAGUACACUUGUGGUUCAUAUUAGAGCAAUUUAUAAUGCUUAGACUUUAGUAAUGCAUGAAAUUUGUGAGAACCUUCACUUUUACAUUGUAAUAAUAUUGUGAUUCCGGAAGCCAAUGCAAUUGUUUUUGGAAGUCUCGUUAGAACUAAUCCCUUACGGGCACUUAAAAUAGAGGUCUGUCUGCACUCUCAGGGUCCAGCCUUACAUCUCCUCUAUUGUUUUCCCUCGUUGGCACGUUGUAAAAACAAUUUAUUGAAUCUGUUUGUCGGCCUUAUCACCUAGGUACUCUGGUCACUUGCUGUUGCUUUACUUGAUGCUCUAAUUUUCCGCUGUACGUACUGUGCCCUAGAAAGAUCCAUAUCAUGUGAUGAUCUGUGUAAAUUGAACUUAACAAGUUCAACACCAAUAAACUGUGGGUCUCGACCAGAGUUCUCCACCUGCUUGCGUAUCUGGACAUAAUACAUAUUCUGUGGACAUGAUGAAGGUGCUAAACAAUUGCGUCAGUUUAUUUUGUGAUGGAAGAUGAGUCUGUUGAGAAUUAUGCAUCCUAUUGAAGUCGUUUAGAAGUGUGACUCCCCCGUGGUCCAUCCUAGAGGAGUUGAAAUGGAUUAAAUUGACGGGCGCUGUGCCUCUGUUCUCAACUACAGAGCAUGUUAUAUUAUCGCCACCAAGGUAUGCUUUGUCAUUAUUAUCAAGGAAUAGUUAAAUAGUAAAUGUUUAGGAUGCAAAAACUGGUCUUAUUGGAAGGAUGCUGAGAGAUAAAUAGGCUGAUAUCGAGUCGAGGCGUUAGGUAUAUCAAAAUUUACAAGUGAAGUGAAGGCUUGUGCCCACCUAACAUUUUGAUAUAAUUCAUCCACGAGAUUCAAUAUUUUUUUUUGCCUGGUAGUUGCAUUGUUUUUGAAAGUGGAUGUGGUUCCCCCACAGUAAGAAAGUUCAUUAUUUGAGAACAUAUCUCCUUGCUGUAACAUUCUCUCCUACUCUUUUAAUGAAUGGUUUUUUGAAGUAUUUCAUCUCUCAUCGCAGCAUUCUUCAUAAACCUCUAAUUUCAAACGUGCAGUCUCUUCGAGGUCCCAGAGGUGGCAUGAUCUUUUACAGGAAGGAUCCAGUUCUGGGCAUUAACCUGGAAGGCGCCAUUAAUAAUGCUGUUUUCCCAGGUUUACAGGUACUGGGUACGAUAUUUAUUGCCAGGUUUAUCAUUUGGAUCAUCUGAAUCUAGCAGUAUUCUGCUAAUCCGAUUGAGAUUCAUUUAUUCAAUAAUCUAUAAUCUAUGGUUCAGGGGGGUCCACACAACCACACGAUUGGCGGGCUUGCUGUCUGCUUAGAUCACGCGCAGUCACCUGAAUUCAAGGCUUAUCAGAGCCAGGUACCUUCUCUUUCCUUGUGCUCCCCAAGUCGGACGGUUCUUUGGAUUCCUCUUUUCUUCUUUGAUGGACUCCUCGGUCAUUUUCUUCUCUAGGUGGUAUCUAAUUGUAAAGCUCUGGCAAGGCGGCUGACGGAAUUAGGUUACAAACUGGUCUCAGGCGGGAGUGACAACCACCUAGUUCUUGUUGAUCUCAGGCCAUUGGUGAGCUCCAUUAUUGACUUAGCUUUUUAAUUUACAUCGAUCAUGAUUCAACUCUGAUGUAGUUGACAAGAUUUGGAUUUUUUUCUGAGUUAUUGUUUACAAAUUCCCAGUGCAACCCCUGUGAACUAGAAUCAAAAUCCCAAAGUGGGUCAACUCCUCUACGAUCUACAUAAAUACUUGCCGAUCAUAUUCAUUUCAUCCAUGAACUGAAGACAUUUCGCAGAUCACUUAUGUAACCUAAAAGUAUUAACCUACUCGAUGAGGGUUCUGACUAUUCCCCAAACAUACCAUGAAGGAGAUCGAUGGUGCCAGGGUUGAGAAGAUCCUGGACUUGGCUUCAAUCACCCUCAAUAAGAACUCUGUUCCUGGUGAGCGCAGAUAUCUAUAUUUCCCUCUUCUUACUAAUGUUUCUCUACUGUAUUCCAUAUCGUUAUCUUUGUAAAUUUCCAUUUACAGGGGACAAGAGCGCCCUGGUCCCCGGUGGGAUCCGCAUUGGCACGCCGGCCAUGACCACCAGAGGGUUUAAGGAGGAGGACUUCGUGACUGUGGCAGAGUGCAUCCACAGCGGCGUCCAGCUCACACUCGAAGCCAAGAGCUCCGCCCCUGGGCCGAAGCUGAAGGACUUCAUGGACUACGUUGAAGCCCCAGAUUUCCCUCUCAGGGGCUCGUUAUCUGCCCUGAAGAGCAGCGUCGAGGCCCUGACCAGCCAUUUCCCGAUCCCUGGUGUGUAG